GAGACAAUGAUGUCACCUGCAUCCUGGGGUAUUUCUGGAGGAUCAAGUGCCUUGUGGAGAAAUUUUACUAAUCAAGCAGGUGGAAAAUAAUUUAUGGUUUCCAAGAAGAGUGCCCAACACUAGAGACUGAUCUGAAAAGCAGUGCUUCAGAGUAGCUGCAGAAUGUCUGAGAACACCAACCCUCAGGAUAAUACCCUCAAUGCUCCAAAUGCACCUGCACAAACUGGACCUACUACACCACGCAAGGGGCCCCCCAAGUUCAAGCAAAGGCAAACAAGACAGUUCAAGAGCAAGCCCCCUAAGAAAGGAGUAAAAGGUUUUGGAGAUGAUAUUCCUGGAAUGGAGGGACUUGGAACAGAUAUUACAGUGAUCUGCCCCUGGGAAGCUUUCAGUCAUCUGGAGCUGCACGAGUUGGCACAGUUUGGAAUCAUCUAAUCCACUAGAAUUCUUGUCACCCCUGAGUCGCGGAACAGCAUUUAUCACCUGUGACACAUUUUCAUCUCUCCAUUCAAAUUCUGACCUUGAACAGAAUAUGUGGCUUUGUUGGUAUGAACUGACUCUGAGCAAUUUUCUUCUCAGGUUAACUUUGCAAGAAAUUAGAAAAGGAUGUUAAAGAUCCAACCUGGUCCAUGAUCUUGAAAGAUUCUAACAUUUGCCUGUGAAAUACCCUGUGCUUUUUUUCUCCCUAAAAUUCCUCACAUAUGCAGUCUUAAACUGUUGACUAGAAUUCCUUUGUGCAUAAAAUCCUCAUAAGUACAUUUCUAACUGCCUAUUGUGCCAGGAAGACUCAGAGGCCAUGGAAGGGAAGUAAUAGAAAGAAAAGGAACACUGAACAAUCAUAACCACAGGUUUGUCAGUAUAACUAUUAUGUUCCUGUUGCUCUAAUACUACAUAUAAAAGCAUUACAUUUUAAUGUAUCUCUUCUUACAUCUUUUCAUAAAGCUUUCCUCAGCAGGGAAGAAACUACUUACAAGGAAGCUAUCUUAUCUUAUGGAGGUGGGAGUACUCAAGGGCACUCUUUACCUUUUUUUUUUUCCUGGAAUCAAUCACAGAAAACCAAUUUCCCAAAUAAAUGUUCACUUUAUAACUAAGUUCUGACUAACUCAAGGCUUAUACUUCAUUUCUUCAUGGAUUUAUUUGGCACAUGUUUGUUAAUAAAAUACAGAAGAAUUUUAAUCAAUCUUUAAGAAUUGCCUAUUCUGAGAUUCAAAAAUACAACUGCUUUCUAUUUUCAUUGACUGUAGAAUGUAAUGAAUUUCCAUGCAAAAUUAAUCCACUGUUAACAUCUAUUUUUUUCAAAGAACCAUAUAUAAUACAAAUGACAUCUCUUCUAUAUAGUCAAAUUCAUAUCACAUUGUCAUUAAUAAAGAUGUAUAGUCUACUGUAAGAGUCAAAGUGGUGUAGUUGUUAAGAGUGACGGGCUCUAAUCUGAAUAACCAGGUUUGAUUCCCCACUGCUCCACAUGGGCCUGCUGGAUGACUUUGGGCUAGUAACAGCUCUCUCAAAACUGUCUUACCUCCACUUACCUCACAAGGUGCCUGUGGGGAGCGGGAGGGAAGGUGAUUGUAAGCUGCUUUGAGACUCCUUAAAGGCAGAGAAAAGCAGGGUAUAAACAACAACUCUUCAACUCCUCUUCUUAACCACACCUGUACAGUAGAAGGCAGUUCUGUGAUGUUCACAUAAUAAGAUGUACAUGUAUACAGAGGGGAUGCAUUUUCCCCCCUUCACUCAUGUAUUCCCAAGGAAGUUAUGAGGAAUCAAGCAGAUGGUUAUUGCAGUAUGUGAGAAAAUCCAGUAGAUUGCAUACAACUAAGAGCAUACUUUGUAGAGUGGUUUGUUCCCUUCUCCCCUCCCUCCCUAUCUCACCACAUAAUUCCCAGUCUGUUUUUUGGGGGGACUGACAGUUCAGCUCAGAUGAAAUGGCCCUGCAAAAGUGUAGGAUGAAUCCUUGCUUCUUGAUCCAGCAAAGGUGUUGAGAAGGAAGGACCGUGUAGAGAAUCUACUAUAUGAAAUUCAAAAUGGUGGAUGUUAUUUUAUUAACGUUAUUCUUCUGAGCUCAAACCACUGUAUCUUGUUACUGGGAAAGUUAUUUUCCCCUUACGCUACACUUCAUUAAAUGCCAUUAAAACAGAAGUCUCACCUCUUCAGCUUAAGAGGAGACUCCUUGUUAAUGGCUCUGCUUCUAUAUUUCUGUUAGCCAGAUGCUAACUAUACACGCAGGAAAAAAUAUUCCACAGUUCUUAAGUACUGGAAACAGCAGGAAUUGUUUCACAGCCAUUAAGCCUAAUAAAGUAUGCAGAAAUGUUUUUUCAUGUAAUUUUGCUCCCCAUUGACAUAAUCUUUAUUUUUACAGUCAUGAAUUCUGUAUCUCAAAUUUUGAUUGUAACAUAAUUUAAUUUUUAAAAGUGUCAUGUGUCUCUCCAUUUUCAAUUGCAUUUUCUUGUCUGUUACCCACCUUUUGGAAAUGUGCCCAUUUUCUUCAUGCUUUCUUUAAAACUCCUAGUGUUAUAUGCUAUAUAUUCCUCUGCUUUUGAGUUCUAUCUUUUUUCUAUUGUGUUUCCAAGCAGAUUACUUGGAAGUAAAUCUCAUUUAUGAACAGAGCAUAUGUGUUCUUUGGUGGUAGUCUUUCUGCAAAAAAAGUGGGGGUCUCAAUCUUUACUCUCAGUCACUCACAACAGAACUGAAUAACUACCCCAGUUUUUAACAUCAUAGUCAAAAAAAGGAUAUUAUGCUAACCAUCUAUCUGUUUUUGCCUUUCCAGAUAAUACAGAUCCAGAUUUUAUUCUUAGAACUUUACUUAUCUUGUCCCAGCACUAAAAGUGCAGUAUUUUAAAAUAAUGAGAGUAGAAAUGCUCCAGCACCAAAGCGAGAAAUGUAUAGAUGUCAAGAUGUAAACCAGAUACAUUCUUAAAAGCAAAAGAUUUAUGAAAUCACUGUUGUGGAACCAAUAAUCUUGAUAGUUUUGCUUUGGAAGGCUAAGACUACAAUCCUAUGCACACUUACCUCAAAGUAAGUUUCAUUGACAAACAGUGGUAUUUACUUCUAAGAAACACCGCAGGCUCAGACUGCUGAAGUCAAACAGUUGGGAAAGACUCAGGCUUUAUACUACUAAAAGCAUGAAUGAAAACAUGGAUAAUACAGGCACUAGCCAAUAGGAUUCCACAGACUGCUCAUAAUCAUAACUGACAGAGAAAUCAAAAAACUCUCUCGAACCACAUUUUUCAGGGGAUAAGGUACUGUAAGUGAUAGGAAAAUACAAUAUUCCCACACAGCUUGUUUAAAAUACAGUGUUGUUUGGGAAAGGUCCUGAGGGCAAGAGUGUGCAUUUCCCAGUACACAAAUGAAAGGACAAAGAGAAUGCAUUUAUCUUCUGGGGCUUAUUUCCCAUCUUGGAGGGGUUGGGGGUGUGGGGAUGAUGUGGGGUAAAUACAGCAGGGGAUAAUUAACAAACUUUUCGCCAGCCAAACACCUCAGCAAAUGUCUCUCCGAAUUCUGCUUUGCAGCCUAUAAUGCAACCCAUGUGCUUGGGCACCUCAUUGUGCUUUCUAGCAUGUUGCACUGACACUAAUUUCCGGCAUGGGAUACUGCCUCAAAGCAAAAUUGAAAUACUUUUCAGAUCCUCGAAUUGGCACAUUUCCUGCAACAUAUUUAAUAGUGUAUCAUUCAUAAGGCCUCACCACCAGCUAAUAAUUCCUCAUUGAAGCAUUCUUUCAGUGACAGGCGAAGAGAAGAUUAGUAAUACCAUGUCUUUGUCUAUGGAAUAUUUUAUAAGAUCCAUGCUUCUAUAGCACUAAUAACAGAAAAUGAAAUUUGUAUCAUACAACAACAGAAGAACUAUUUAAAAAUGUGUCAAAUGGUCCUAUUGCUUACCUUCCAUUACAUGUAUGUCUUCAUUCUUUUAAUACAAAAUUUUAAAAAGAAAAUAAAAAUAUUUAACAUGCUGGA